AUGAGAAGUGUUCUCGGAGUGGCCAGGCCUGUGUGCAGUGUCCUGACUGACCGCAGAACCCUGCUGUCUGUCAUUUCCCUGGGCCCCUUCCCACUGCCAGACAGAAAAUGGUGCCCUCCCAUCCACGUUCUUCUGUGGGAACGCUCCCCGGAGAAGAGGCCAGCAGGUCCUUCAAUAGACCCACGGUGGUCUCUGCGGCACAGCCCCUGUGGGCCACGUCAGUGGGGACCCCAGGCGGCCGGCCACAGCCUGCACCACGCCCUGGCCCCAUGGCAGCCUUGUGAGCCCAGCUAUCCAGACCCCGCCUCCCCCGUCAGAGCAGCAGGCACCCUCCCACCCCAGACCCCCCACCCCAGACCCCCUCUGCCUGUCCUCACCCCUGCGCCUCCCCCGUCAGAGCAGCAGGCCCCCUCCCACCCCAGACCCCCCACCCCAGACCCCCUCUGCCUGUCCUCACCCCUGCGCCUCCCCCGUCAGAGCAGCAGGCCCCCUCCCACCCUACCCCUCCACCCCAGACCCCCUCUGCCUGUCCUCACCCCUGCGCCUCCCCCGUCAGAGCAGCAGGCCCCCUCCCACCCCAGACCCCCCACCCCAGACCCCCUCUGCCUGUCCUCACCCCUGCGCCUCCCCCGUCAGAGCAGCAGGCCCCCUCCCACCCUACCCCUCCACCCCAGACCCCCUCUGCCUGUCCUCACCCCUGCGCCUCCCCCGUCAGAGCAGCAGGCCCCCUCCCACCCCACCCCUCCACCCCAGACCCCCUCUGCCUGUCCUCACCCCUGCGCCUCCCCCAUCAGAGCAGCAGGCCCCCUCCCACCCCACCCCUCCACCCCAGACCCCCUCUGCCUGUCCUCAUCCCUGCACUGUCCCCCUGUGCUGACCUCACCUCUGCACUGUCCUGUGCUGACCUCACCCCUGCACUGUCCUGUGCUGACCUCACCCCUGCGCUGUCCUGUGCUGACCUCACCCCUGCGCUGUCCUGUGCUGACCUCACCCCUGCGCUGUCCUGUGCUGACCUCACCCCUGCGCUGUCCAGUGCUGACCUCACCCCUGCGCUGUCCUGUGCUGACCUCACCCCUGCGCUGUCCUGUGCUGACCUCACCCCUGCGCUGUCCUGUGCUGACCUCACCCCUGCGCUGUCCUGUGCUGACCUCACCCCUGCGCUGUCCUGUGCUGACCUCACCCCUGCGCUGUCCUGUGCUGACCUCACCCCUGCGCUGUCCUGUGCUGACCUCACCCCUGCACUGUCUCCCUGUGCUGACCUCACCCCUGCGCUGUCCUGUGCUGACCUCACCCCUGCGCUGUCCUGUGCUGACCUCACCCCUGCACUGUCUCCCUGUGCUGACCUCACCCCUGCACUGUCCUGUGCUGACCUCACCCCUGCACUGUCCCCCUGUGCUGACCUCACCCCUGCGCUGUCCUGUGCUGACCUCACCCCUGCGCUGUCCUGUGCUGACCUCACCCCUGCGCUGUCCUGUGCUGACCUCACCCCUGCGCUGUCCUGUGCUGACCUCACCCCUGCGCUGUCCUGUGCUGACCUCACCCCUGCACUGUCCUGUGCUGAUCUCACCCCUGCACUGUCCUCCUGUGCUGACCUCACCCCUGCACUGUCCUGUGCUGACCUCACCCCUGCACUGUCUCCCUGUGCUGACCUCACCCCUGCACUGUCCUGUGCUGACCUCACCCCUGCGCUGUCCUGUGCUGACCUCACCCCUGCACUGUCCCCCUGUGCUGACCUCACCCCUGCGCUGUCCUGUGCUGACCUCACCCCUGCGCUGUCCUGUGCUGACCUCACCCCUGCGCUGUCCUGUGCUGACCUCACCCCUGCGCUGUCCUGUGCUGACCUCACCCCUGCGCUGUCCUGUGCUGACCUCACCCCUGCGCUGUCCUCCUGUGCUGACCUCACCCCUGCACUGUCCUGUGCUGACCUCACCCCUGCACUGUCCUGUGCUGACCUCACCCCUGCGCUGUCCUCCUGUGCUGACCUCACCCCUGCGCUGUCCUGUGCUGACCUCACCCCUGCGCUGUCCUGUGCUGACCUCACCCCUGCGCUGUCCUGUUCUGACCUCACCCCUGCGCUGUCCUGUGCUGACCUCACCCCUGCGCUGUCCUGUGCUGACUUCACCCCUGCACUGUCCCCCUGUGCUGACCUCACCCCUGCGCUGUCCUGUGCUGACCUCACCCCUGCGCUGUCCUGUGCUGACCUCACCCCUGCGCUGUCCUGUGCUGACCUCACCCCUGCGCUGUCCUGUGCUGACCUCACCCCUGCGCUGUCCUGUGCUGACCUCACCCCUGCGCUGUCCUGUGCUGACCUCACCCCUGCGCUGUCCUGUGCUGACCCCACCCCUGCGCUGUCCUGUGCUGACCCCACCCCUGCGCUGUCCUGUGCUGACCCCACCCCUGCGCUGUCCUGUGCUGACCCCACCCCUGCGCUGUCCUGUGCUGACCUCACCCCUGCGCUGUCCUCCUGUGCUGACCUCACCCCUGCGCUGUCCUGUGCUGACCUCACCCCUGCGCUGUCCUGUGCUGACCUCACCCCUGCGCUGUCCUCCUGUGCUGACCUCACCCCUGCGCUGUCCUGUGCUGACCUCACCCCUGCGCUGUCCUGUGCUGACCUCACCCCUGCGCUGUCCUCCUGUGCUGACCUCACCCCUGCGCUGUCCUGUGCUGACCUCACCCCUGCGCUGUCCUGUGCUGACCUCACCCCUGCGCUGUCCUGUGCUGACCUCACCCCUGCGCUGUCCUCCUGUGCUGACCUCACCCCUGCGCUGUCCUGUGCUGACCUCACCCCUGCGCUGUCCUGUGCUGACCUCACCCCUGCGCUGUCCUGUGCUGACCUCACCCCUGCGCUGUCCUGUGCUGACCUCACCCCUGCGCUGUCCUGUGCUGACCUCACCCCUGCGCUGUCCUCCUGUGCUGACCUCACCCCUGCGCUGUCCUGUGCUGACCUCACCCCUGCGCUGUCCUGUGCUGACCUCACCCCUGCGCUGUCCUGUGCUGACCUCACCCCUGCGCUGUCCUGUGCUGACCUCACCCCUGCGCUGUCCUGUGCUGACCUCACCCCUGCACUGUCCCCUAUCCUGUCUGUGUGCUCCUUCCCUGUCCCCCGGCCCCCUUCCCCCCUUUUCCUUUGUCGUGCUGUAG